AUGGACAAAGCUGCGGAGAGAAGAGGACAAUGGGUUGCGGAGAUCUGUACUACGGACACUGUAGAUAGGGGCGGAGUUGAAGGAGAAGUCCAAGGUAAUGAGGAGACGCUCCAGAAGUUCUUUAAAGACAUCGAUAAGGGACCACGUCUCGCACACGUGGUCAAGCUCGAGAAAAGGGAUCUCAGCCCUGAAGAAGGGGAGGAUCACUUCGUUGUCAGACGAACUUCCGAUUCGGUCUUCGAAGCUACCAAAUGA